AAUUUUAAUCAACACGCAAAAACAAAGAGAGAGAAAGAGAAUGGAGAUUGUGAGUCCAGUUGCUGACCAGUUUCAUCACCACCAUCAUCAGCAGAUGCAAAAAACAGAGCAAAUUACGAAUUGUAAGACCAGAGAAAAGAAGUGUUUCUCUCUUGAGAACUACCUUGCUUUCCUUCACUCCCGCGAUUACGCCGAUUUUACCGUCGAUCAUCUCAACCUGAUAGUUUCAAUCCACGGUUUUAAGAAGCUCGGACAACGGAAGUUAGCUGAGGAAGCAGUGAGAGCAAUUGAGCCAAUCAAUCCAGCGCGAUCAACACUGAACGACGAUAUUUCAUCAACAGCAAAAUCAACCGUCAAAAUCGACGAAGUAAUCAAGGAUCUAAAAGCUCUCAACUGGCAAGAAUGCUCCGUCACAUCCUUCAGAUCAAUCAAACCAGAAAACGACGAUAUUGUCUCUGUUCCUUCCAGUACAACAGCUAAAAAAUCGAAGUAUCUGAAGGCAAAAAAGAAACCUAAGUCAGCAUCACCAAUGAGCUCCAACAGUGGCGGUGGAUGUGGUCCGAGCAACAGCGGCAGUUCUGCCACUUAUAUUCGCAGUGGUCCGAUCAACAGUUCUGCCGUUUAUGUUCCUAUCUUUGGUUUGCCAGUCCCAACAACCAGCAAAUCUGUUCGUAAUUCAAUAAAGAGGCAGAAGGUAUCAUCGUUGACGACUAGCUCCGGCGCUGCUCCUGGUCCAAGCAACAGCAGCAGUUCUGGUGGUUGUUUGUCCUCUUCGUUGGUGAAUGGGUGGUCAAAGAAAGACAAAGCUCAAUGCCGAAGUCAAGUCUAGCGCCUUCUCAAAGUCAGCUGUGCUCAGAUUAUACUAGUAAGAGGUUUACUGAUUUUCGCUAUCUUCAAAAUAAGCCAUCAAGAAGUGUUGCUUCUUUGAAUUUCAAUUAAAGCUGUGUUUUACUUUUA